CAUAGAAAUUCUGGCAAAUUUAAUUAAAGUCUGAGCUUUUUACAACGCAAAAUCAUGUGUACAGGAAAGUGCUCCACGUUUAUUGGCAUCAGUCUAUAUCCAUUGGCAAUAUUGUCCAUCAUCUGCAACAUUGUUCUGUUCUUUCCUGAUUUGAAAAGCACUUAUGCCAAACUAGACGCAGAUGGACUUUACCGUCUUACAGAUGAGGUCAAAUACAUGGGAGGUGUUAUUGGAGGUGGCAUCUUGGUGUUGAUCCCUGCAAUUCAUAUCCAUAGCACUGGGAAAAAAGGCUGUUGUGCGAAUCGCUGUGGGAUGUUCCUGUCCAUUUUAUUUGCUGCAAUUGGUGUGGUCGGUGCCUUGUACAGUAUUGCUGUAGCUGCCGUUGGACUGAUUAAUGGACCGGUUUGCAUGACUCCAAAUGGCAGCUGGGGAAGACCUUUCAUUAACAUCAGUGAAAGCUACCUGUCAGACUCUAAAAUUUGGGACUGGUGCCGAGAUCCAAAAAAUGUAGUGGAGUUUAACAUUGGCCUGUUUAGUGCCUUGCUGGUAGCUGGCUGUUUAGAACUGCUGCUCUGUGGAUUUCAGGUGAUCAAUGGCCUCUUUGGCUGCAUCUGUGGUACAUGCAAUAACAAAGAGGGACAAUAAACUCAAAACGACUACAGACCACUUACAAGUAAAUACAGGAUACGGAUUAAUUAUCACACCCUUCACACUUUCUGUUUCCUCAAGAUCAGUGACCAUCAGAGGAAGUGAACACAAAAGAACUGUGAAACUUACUGAUUUUACAUCACACUUGCACGUUGAACAAUAUUUUGCAAGUGGCAUACUGAGCUUGAUAAGCGAUGACAGCAAAUGGUCUCUGAUAUUUUUUUAAAAUAGAAAUGUAAAUAUUGUGAAAUAUUGAGAACUGGAUAUAUUUUACAUGAUAAGUAAAUGACGUUACUGUUAAUGUAUUGUAUGUACUGUAUUCAUGUAUGUAAAUCAACAAAACAGUUCGC